UCAUGGGCCGCUGUUUCGCGCCACUUGUUUAAGGUUAUCGCAGUUUUCGCACCGCUUUUUACAACUUACCCUCAUUUACUCACACUGCUGCGAGUUCGUUAUAAAACGGCCGUGCGUUACGCCGAACGAUCUUGUUCAUUCUUGUUUGUGCACGACGCAGUUUGCCUCGCGUGAGGCAGGUGUUUUUUUUUAUAUAAUCAACGAUUUUUACCUGCUAUUGUUGGGAUUGCAACGGAAUUUCUUCCACUUUUUCGUUUUAUUGUAACAGUCGACGAGGGAGUUAACUUGUAGCCACCCUCUUCCUCUCGAUAAUCGCAGUGCAGAGUCACAUUUUUACAAUGGUGAACAAACCUUUGAGCAAGAUGUUUGUCCUUAAGAGAGAUGGAAGAAAAGAAGAAGUCCACCUUGACAAGAUCACCUCAAGAGUACAAAAGCUCUGUUAUGGAUUGAAUGCAGACUUUGUAGAUCCUUUGGCAAUCACUUUAAAAGUCAUCAAUGGCCUCUACCCUGGUGUCACAACAGUUGAGCUGGACACUCUGGCUGCUGAAACAGCAGCUAUGAUGACCACAGAUCAUCCUGAUUAUGCUAUACUUGCCGCACGUAUUGCCGUUUCCAAUCUACACAAGGAAACAAAGAAACAAUUUAGCGAUGUUAUUGAGGAUUUAUACACGAUGAUCAACGAGAAAACCGGUAGACGUUGUCCGCAAAUCUCUGAUUAUCACUAUAAAAUCAUCAUGGAGAAUGCCGAUAAAUUAAAUUCCUGUAUCAUCUACGAUCGCGACUUCUCUUACAAUUAUUUUGGCUUUAAAACCUUGGAACGAUCUUAUUUAAUCCGCAUUAAUGGAAAAAUUGUCGAGCGUCCUCAGCAUAUGUUGAUGCGAGUUUCUGUCGGAAUCCACGGUGAAGAUAUUCCUGCAGUUAUAGAAACCUACAAUUAUUUGAGUGAGAGAUAUUUCACUCAUGCAUCGCCGACUUUAUUUGCUGCUGCAACACCGCGUCCACAAUUAUCUUCAUGUUUCUUGUUGAUGAUGCCUGAUGAUUCCAUUGAGGGUAUUUUCCGUUGUCUUAGUCAAUGCGCUUAUAUCUCGAAAUCCGCUGGUGGAAUCGGUGUGAAUGUACACAACAUCCGCGCGAAUGGCACUUACAUUGCUGGAACUGGCGGACAUUCGAAUGGGUUGGUACCUAUGCUGCGUGUUUUCAACAAUACAGCAAGAUAUGUUGAUCAAGGAGGUAACAAACGCCCCGGUGCAUUCGCUAUCUAUUUAGAGCCAUGGCAUGCGGAUAUUUUUGAUUUCUUAAACUUAAAGAAAAACACUGAAGAGGAAUUACGCGCGCGUGAAUUAUUCUACGCGCUAUGGAUUCCUGAUUUGUUUAUGAAGCGCGUUGAAGAGGACGGAAAGUGGUCAUUGAUGUGCCCACAUCAAUGUCCUGGAUUGUCUGAUUGUUGGGGUGAAGAAUUCGAGAAAUUGUAUCAGAGUUAUGAGGAACAAGGCAAGUUUACCAAACAAGUUGAUGCUAGAAGUCUCUGGUCGCAAAUCUGCGUAUCACAAAUUGAGACUGGAACACCUUAUAUGUUGUACAAAGAUGCAUGUAACAGGAAAUCUAAUCAACAGAAUUUGGGAACGAUUAAAUCUUCGAAUUUGUGUACUGAGAUUAUUGAAUACACUUCACCGGAUGAGAUUGCCGUAUGUAAUCUUGCUUCAAUUGCUGUUAACAUGUUUGUCGUUGAUAAAGACAAGUAUGAUUUUGAUGAGCUCAAGAAAGUUACUAAAGUUGUGACUAAAAACCUGAAUAAAAUCAUUGAUGUUAACUAUUAUCCUGUACCAGAGGCGAAGAAAUCUAACUUGAGACACCGACCAAUUGGUAUUGGUGUUCAAGGCCUUGCAGAUGCUUUUAUUCUCAUGAAAAUGCCGUUUGAAAGUGCAGAAGCUCAAAAGUUGAAUGUUCAGAUUUUCGAGACGAUUUAUUACGGAGCUUUGGAAGCCAGCUGUGAAAUCGCUGAAGUUGAUGGACCGUAUUCAACUUAUGAAGGUUCACCAGUCUCCAAAGGUAUUCUACAAUAUGAAAUGUGGGAUGUAACACCGACAAGUCUCUGGGAUUGGUCUGCGUUGAAGGCUAAAAUCGCUAAACACGGAAUUAGAAAUUCACUGCUCCUGGCACCAAUGCCAACUGCUUCCACUGCUCAAAUUCUAGGCAAUAAUGAAUCCGUUGAGCCUUAUACUUCUAACAUCUACACGAGGAGAGUGUUAUCUGGUGAAUUCCAAGUGGUAAAUCAUCAUUUACUCAAAGAUUUGACUGAUAAAGGUUUGUGGGAUGAUGUGAUGAAGAAUCAAAUCAUCGCAAAUUGUGGUUCGAUUCAAAACAUUCCAACUAUUCCGGAUGAUUUGAAGAAAAUCUACAAAACCGUCUGGGAAAUCUCACAGAAAGUCAUCAUAAACAUGGCCGCUGAUCGCGGUGCUUUCAUUGACCAAUCGCAAAGCUUGAAUAUUCACAUUGAGAAACCGAAUUAUGGAGUUUUGACAUCGAUGCAUUUCUACGGAUGGAAAAAGGGAUUGAAGACUGGUAUGUAUUACUUGCGCACAAAGCCCGCUGCUAGGCCGAUUCAAUUCACGGUUGAUAAGUCUAAAUUGAUGGUGAAGGAAAACGGAACCGCACAAAACGGUGUAAGUAAUGGUGAUACGAAGGAAAAUGGCGUCAAUGGUAACGAUAAAAGUUUCCAUGAGGAAGAAGUUGAGGAGGUAGAAAAGAAUAUGGCGGCGAUGGUUUGCUCACUGGCCAAUCCUGAGGGUUGUGAAAUGUGUGGAGCUUAAAUUAUAUUUUAGGAAAUUAUACCUUUGUGCCUUUUAUCUUUAUAUGCUCCAAUUAAUCUUAAGUUUUAGUUUAUAGUCAAAUACAUAAAUUUUCCAGCUUUACUUUUAUGAAUCUUGUCUAAUGUAUUGUAGAAAUUGACUGCGGUUUGUCUUAUAGUUUUAAUUGAGUAUUUCAUAUUGAUACAACUUGAUUUAAGUUUUAUUUGGGUUUUUAAACAUGGGACCAUGUCCAGGUACAAUAAAAUCAGCUAUUUCAAGAA